UUUUCUGCCUCAAACGCGACUCUGAAAGCGCUUUGGGAGGCGGUGAAUCUGAACUGAACAUAUCUCCUGUGUUUUCUUUGUUUCUGCAGAAGAAGACCGGAGAGACGCCGGCGGCCGAAUACAAGAAGACCGACGAAGCUCAGCCUGAUGUGAAGGAGGAGGAAGAGGAGGAGGAGGGGGAGGAGGAGAAGGCUGAGGAGGAAGAGGAGGAGGAGGAGGAGAAGGAGGAGAAGGAGGAGAAGAGCAGUCCAGCUGCAGAAGGAAAGAGCGACGGAGAGGAGAGUCCUGCAGAGAAGGAGGAAGAGGAGGCAGAGAAGGAGGAAGAGGAGGAAACGGCCGAAGAGAAAGCUUCAGAAAACAGCCAGGAAAAAGCUUGAGGACGACGUUCUGCGGAGAUCUCCCAGGAACAGGAAGGUCAGAAAGGACUGAAAUCUCUGAAUCCUGACCUCAAAACCCCCCCUCUCUCCCCUAAAAUAUCUCCCCGACCCUCCCCCUCUUCGAGGCCGCAAAGCCGCGAAGGAAGCAGCGAAGCCAACAGGAAACUAAAAAAUCGACCUCCAACACGGACGCCUGCUCACACGACGAUUCCAGGACUGAGUUUUAGCGUUAAAGGAUUUAUUUUGUUGUUUUUUUAAAGAGAUUAACUAAAGCUUCCUGCAUCAUUCCUUCACAACAACACCUGCGCAGGAUCAAACUGGCGGGAUCAGCGCGUCCCGUCCGCCGCGCCGCCACCAGCUAACAAACUCCGCCCGACAACAGCAUGCUAAUUAGCUCAGCAACUCGUUAAUAUGUCCUUGACAUUUAGCUAUCAACUACCCGCCAGUUACAAUCUGAGGUAACCGCCUUCCUGUUUGCUGAUCAUUAGCCUGCUAGCAGUGUGCUAAUGAGGCUAACAGUAGUCUGAAAUGUAUAAACAAAAAGUCUUCCCGAGUUAGCUUACCAAUGACAGCUAGUUAGCCUAGCAUCAGCCUGCUAAUAAUCUUUCAGGAAAUUGUUAACAAGUCUUCUGACAGACAGUUUGGCUUUCAACUGAGACUAGUUAGCCACUAUCCUGUUUGAGCUAGCAACAGGCAGCUAAUUAACCAUCUAUCAGGAUGCUAAUAAGGCUAACAGUUGGCUGAAUUCACCACCAAAAUGUCUGGCUAAUUAGCUCACCACCAGGGUGCUAAUGAAGCUAACAGUAGUCCGAUUGAUCGGCAAAAAUCUUGUCAAUCAGCUCACCAACAGACCGCUAAUUGCUUGGCUAGCAGGUAGCUUGUAAGCUAUAUGAAUAUUCACAUGUUAGCUGUUGAUUUAUUAGAUUUUUGGGAUAUAUUUAUCAUCUACAAAUGUUGAGAGAAAUCACUCACCAGAACUGUUGCUAAUUAGCCUUGUAGCCUGCUAAUUAGCUCAUUGGUAAUAUGGCUAGCUGUACUCCAAUGUGUACAAUAAUCCCACUUGAAUUAAAAACUAAAAAUGGGGCUUCUAACGAGUUUACCAAUAAUUUAAUUAAUUUACCAACAAGUAGCUUAUUAGCCUGAUGAAAAAGCUAAUUCACCUACUAACCGUUGGCUCGUUAGCAUUCCUAGCUUUCAGAUUAGCUUGCGAUUAGCCAGCAUGCUAAUAUAAAAAAAAAAAUGACUGCUGAUAUAUUUUCUUUUUUCAUGUUCUAAUUUCCUUGUCAUUGAAUCGUGUUUUGUUUUAAAGCUGUUAGCUCCAUGUUAGCUCACACACAUGUUUUCCUCAGAUCUCCUGAUGUGUAUUAUUGUCCUGAUGGCAGCGCUGGAAAGUCAGAGGUCAAACUAAAAAGAGCCUUCGCAGCAGAUGAGCGACUGAUGGCAACGUAUUAAACCUCCCGUCACGCCGCUGAAUAACUGCAGCAAUACGGCCCAAAAUAACCCGAUUUAUUCACAAUAAACGUAUCUAACAGAUGUUUUCUGAAUGGAGUUUGGUCCUUCAGCGCUAUGCUAACAUUGUAGCAUCUGCAUACGUUUAUACACCCAGAUAAAUCGUAUUAAAAUCAUUAUUCUUGUCAAUUUUAUUCUUUAUUCCUUUACUUCUAAGGCCUUUCUUUGUCCAAAUAAACAUGACAGCAGCUCGUUAGCGCCCAUCCAAUUAAAGCUCCUUUCAGAUCCAACUUUUCUUUGUACGGUGUUUUUAAACGCACCUGUAUGUUAACCUCGUCCCGUGUGCAGGUGGACGGACCCCCCGCCCCUUUGUCAUGUUUUAAACUCCAAAUUUAAAAGAAACUGCACAAAAGGGGGAAACCUCAGGUGCUUAACUCUCACCUGUCCACCUGCAGCUCUCACCUGCUCCACGUCAAGGCCCAAGUUUUCAUCAGAGACGGCACUUGAGUGUGACAAACCUACGGAUACUAGUUAAAUAGAAAUACCUAAGCUGGCUUUUCUUUUGCCAGAUUAAUCAACUUUAUCCACUAAUUAAGACCAUGGGAUGAGGUUCCAGAAAAGUCAAGUGAAAUCAAACAAUUUCUCAACAUUUGAAUCAGAAUUAUUUGUUUAUUUUGACCGCCGUUGAAUCUGCUGUAGUUACCUGUACAUGUUUACAUGUCACGACAAACAGGAAGAAAAUCAGUCGUAAUCUGCUGCAUUUAAAAGAACUGGCAAAAGGUAAAAAUGUAUUAAAAAAUCUACAUACGGGGAAGACAAUUGGGAUGAAAUCCUGGAGAGAAAAAACGUAGAUUUAAAUUGUAAAUUGACCACAACAAAAUUAAAACUGACAAAAAAGUUCUCUGAUAUAAAAAAAUAAUGUAAAAAUUAAAAGACAAAAUAAUAAUUAUAUCUGACAAUAUUUGAGUAUUCAGAUUUCCCCCCUCCUUCCCUGGUUUCGUAAUAAAACAUUUUACCUACAAUCCCUCACCUUUACACCUCCUGACCGUCUCUCUAGCGCCCCCAUCAGGACAGUUUCUCUCCACAUGAGAAAUAAUCCCAUGAACCGUUAACAAUACUAAAUUAUGUUUUUUCUUUAUAUAUUCAUCAUCCUAAGGAUUAUAAUGCAGAUGAAAGAGCGUCAUUCUGUCUGUGUGUGUGUGUGUGUGUGUGUGUGUACAGUGAAAUAAUUAAACCUGGUUCUGUGCGUGUUGAACGUGUGUCGGGAUAAUAACACGAUGUCCAGUCUUCUUGUAUAUCCUUGUCUGUAAUCAUUGCGUACAGUUUUCUCCGGACUGAAGAACCUGUUGAUCUUAAAUGCAGAGCUUUUUGCUAAGUUAUCGGCGGGGGGGCGGCGGGGAACAUAACAGCCGAGUCUGUGGCUGAUUUUGGGGCUCGAGGUGAACUUGGAGGCUUCCACAACCUUUAAUUAUUUCCCUCCUUUUUUAUUUUUUAGUCUAAAUACAAGCUAGUUGGCUGUAAACUGAUGUUUUUUCUAAAAUAAAGUAAAUGCUAGGAUCAUCUCCUCCAGCAGCAGCAGCGUUACAUUCCCAUCCGAAAUGUCUUCAGCCUUUUUUUAUUUUUUUUUAGAUUUAUUUCUGUGUCCGGCUGAAUCUGCCUAGCAACCGACUGUAGACUGAACACUGUAUCUGCUGGUGUAACGUUUUAUUAUUAUUUUUUGUCGACAUUCUUUUUGUGUUUUUUGAACUAAAUCUUUAAUGGUUGUCCCUGCAGCCUGUUUCUGAUGUCCACACUAUUGUAGAGAGAUACUGUGAUGAUGGAGCCUCGUGUGUGUGUGUGUGUGUGCGUGCGUGGACACACAGUCUACAUUUGUUUUGAUGAAUAAAAAGGCCAAAUGGAAACUGAA